GAAACUGUAGUGACACCACGAGCCCAUUAGAUGGCGACAAAAACACAAGACAUCAAAGCUCCUUGUGGACUGCCAUGGCGCCUAUUUUCGUCAGAGAAACAUAUGGUUGGCCCAAACAGUGGUCAACCUCGGUUUCUUUAUGGAUGACGACCCGUGUGACGGACAGCUCGGGAUGCUGCCGCCGGGCCUCGUUGAGUGCCUCCGCCAGGGCCUUAAAGACACACGUUUACACGUCUGACCAGGUCUAGGCAGCGUCUGGGGCUCAAUCAUGGGCGAGUCAUCCGCUCGGCGAACAGGCGACGCCGCCAGCCGUUUUUCCCAUUCGGUCAGCCCUCCCAACGGCCCCCCUCCCUCUAAGAAGGAGCGUCUAAGAUCGCUGAUGGUACUUGCGGGUUUCUCAACCUUUUCUGGACUGGCAACGAUUUCCUGGAGGUGGAGUCACGACCAGAUAGGUGAACCUACCUGGUGAUGUCCUCAGAGAGCUGGGCGGGGUUCGGGGGGUAAAACUUGACGUUGAAGGAGAAGUGCCAGGGGACACCUGCAACAACAGAGGAUCCAACCAGUUCUACAAGACAGAGGUUAAUGGUCGCCUGAUAGAAGAUAGAAGUGACAGAAACAAAGCCAAGACGGUGCUUACCUUGUAGUUGUCGGCGUCUCUGAAGGACAAGGCAAAGUAGUCCCGCUCCAGCAGGUUGACAUGCUCGCAGACCUUGUCAAACAGCUGGAUACCGCGAGCUCGUUUCUGCGACAACAAUUAGUUUUAUUUGACUUGUUUAUGUGUAAUUUUGUGUUUUUCCGAGUGUUGGUGUCACCCACCUCCACAGUGCAGGUAAACAAGGUGCCGUCCAGCAGGGUGACUUUGGCCUGCAUAGUCCUGAAGUUCAGAGGGUUCCUGACCGGCGAGGGAGCGACUCGACUGCCCGGUGACAGGCUAUCAAUCUUUUGACCUGGCCAGCUGUCAUGUGAGGGUUGCCGUGGUAACAGUAGAGCCAGAGAGAGAGAGAGAUUAUGGAUGGCCGAGACGGUGAAGUACGUCGACGAUGAGCACAAGAACAUUUUCCUCAGGUUGCUGAAUGAGCAACGACUGGAGGGCGACCACUGCGACAUUGCCGUGGUGGUGGAAGAUGUCAAAUUCCGAGCUCACCGCUGCGUUCUGGCGGCGUGCUCCAACUACUUCAAGAAACUCUUCAAGAAACACGAGGUGGAUAACUCGUCCGUGAUCGAGAUCGACUUCAUCCGCUCUGACAUCUUUGAGGAGGUGUUGAACUACAUGUACACGGCCAAAAUCUCCAUCAAGAAGAGAGACAUCAACCUGAUGAUGUCAUCGGGACAAAUCCUCGGCAUCCGCUUCCUGGAUAAACUCUGCUCGCAGAAACGGGACAUGUCAGCUGAGGAGAAAGACAAGUUUCCUUACGACAUUGUAAAGAUGGCGCUUCCUCCUGAGGCGCAGCUGGCUGCUGAGGCAGAGGUUCUCGGGGAACACGAGGACACACCCACCGCAGAUGAUCUGGUCGGGGCCGCGGCCAAUCAGGAGCUGGAUAAAUCUCCCAAUGCGGCGCUCCGUGUUCAGGAGGCCAUUUUGAAAGAGCUGGCCAAUGAGGAUGUACACAAGGUGGCCUGCUAUGACCAAGAUGUGGUGCCAGAAAUGGAGGUGGAGCCAAAAGAACUUGGAGCAGAGCACCACGCCACCCAGACGCUAACGUUCGCUGACAGCAUGGGCGAGGUCAAAGACGAGCAGCCGCCCGGUUGGGCCACGGCGACGGCGGACAUGAAGUUUGAAUACCUCCUGUACGGACAUCGAGAGCAGCUGGCGUGUCACGUGUGUGCUAAGACCUUCUUGGACGAGUCCAGACUCAGGAAACACGAGAAGCUCCAUUCAGCCGAUCGUCCUUUUGCGUGUGAGAUCUGCUCGAAAGCGUUCACCACUCAUGCUCACUUGAAAGAACACCUAAAGAUCCACACGGGCUUCAAGCCGUAUCGAUGCGACGUUUGCGGGAAAUCGUUCAUCCGAGCUCCAGACUUGAAAAAACACGAGCGUGUCCACAGCAACGAGCGUCCGUUUGCCUGCCAGAUGUGUGAAAAGGCUUUUAAACACAAAUCUCACCUGAAAGACCACGAGAGGAGACACAGGGGAGAGAAACCGUUCGUGUGUACGUCCUGCACGAAGGCAUUCGCCAAGGCGUCUGAUCUGAAACGCCACGAAAACAACAUGCACAGCGAAAGGAAACUUCUCCAGAGCGACACCGACGCCCUUCAGGCCGCCGCCAUGGCCGCCGAGGAGUCACAAAUGGAUAAUAUGAGCUGUUCCUAACAUCUGGACUGGACUGGACUCACUAGGUUUUUUUUUUGUUUGUUUUUUUUUUGGGGGGGGGGGGUCAAAA